GCAGGCUCCGUGGCGCGGGGACCGUGCGCUCCUGGAAGCGCCCAGCGGCUCCUCCGCGCACCCCGGCCCAUCACGGCGCCUCCGCCGCCGCCCCCUCCUCUCCUAGCCCCGCGGCGCCUGCCGCAGUCGCCCGUGGCGGAGCAGCGCCGAGCGCCCCAGGUACCGAGUGCGGGCGGGAACGGGGCCGGUGACCGGGCAGCCGGGUGGGGAGGGCGCGGAGGCGCGGCCGCUGCUCCUCCUCUCCCCGCGGGCUGGCCCGCCCCGCGCCCCCCGAACGCCGCAGGGGACCGUGUCCGCCCAAGCUCGGGGGUGCCUCAGCGUCGGCUCUGAGACUUGCCUUCCCCGCCGAGGGCUUGGCUUUGGCCCGUGGGCCCCCUCCUGCGACCCCAAGAACUAGGGCUCCCGACCUGGAGCCUCCCUACGCCCACCUGCCGCGGGGGAGCUUGCCACCGGCCUGAGAGCGCCCAUUCGCCCCCUGCUCCCCCUCCCCGGGUCCCCGCCCCAGGCAGACGCCCCUGCCCCCACCUUACUGCCCACCGCUUCUAGGGGUUUCUGCUCGCACCCAUCCAACCUCCAAGAGUCCUCUGGCCUCCCCAUCCUCCUGACUUUCCGCCCGCUCCCUCUAGGGGACUCUGCUUCUCAUCAGGUGCCCCCUCCCAAACUUCCUACUCGUUUCUCCCUGCCUGACAUCCGAAGACACCCGUAUAACCCCUCUCCAUCCUCCUCGGGUCGCUGUCCUUUGAUCUGGCGCCCCGUCCCUAUGUUCCCACCUGUCCCCUGGGGGGUCUGUUCUCACCGACGACGCCCUUCCAGCCCCUCCUCCUCCAGGUCCCUCACCCUGUCUUCCUGCCAGUCCUCGGGCCCCCUCUCGGGCCCCAAGUCUUCGCCCUCCAUCCCCUGCCCCCAUGGUUCCAGAUCCAGGCCCUGCCAACAACAGCACCCUAGACUGGGGGGCAGGGCCACCGUCGGACCCGGAGGGCAGCGGCUGGGUGGCGGCCGCGCUGUGUGUGGUCAUCGCGCUGACUGCUGCAGCCAACUCGCUGCUCAUCGCGCUCAUCUGCACGCAGCCGGCGCUGCGCAACACGUCCAACUUCUUCCUGGUGUCGCUCUUCACCUCGGACCUGAUGGUGGGGCUGGUGGUGAUGCCGCCGGCCAUGCUGAACGCGCUGUACGGGCGCUGGGUGCUGGCGCGCAGCCUCUGCCUGCUCUGGGCCGCCUUCGACGUGAUGUGCUGCAGCGCCUCCAUCCUCAACCUCUGCCUCAUCAGCCUGGACCGCUACCUGCUCAUCCUCUCUCCGCUGCGCUACAAGCUGCGCAUGACGCCCCCGCGCGCCCUGGCGCUGGUCCUGGGCGCCUGGAGCCUCGCCGCGCUCGCCUCCUUCCUGCCCCUGCUGCUGGGCUGGCACGAGCUGGGCCGCGCGCGGGCACCCGCCCCGGGCCAGUGCCGCCUGCUGGCCAGCCUGCCCUUCGUCCUCGUGGCGUCGGGCCUCACCUUCUUCCUGCCCUCCGGGGCCAUCUGCUUCACCUACAGCAGGAUCCUGCUGGCCGCCCGAAAGCAGGCUGUGCAGGUGGCCUCCCUCCCUACCGGCAUGGCCGGCCAGGCCUUGGAGACGCUGCAGGUGCCCAGGACCUCACGCCCAGGGGUGGAGUCAGCUGACAGCAGGCGCCUGGCCACCAAGCACAGCAGGAAGGCCUUGAAGGCCAGCUUGACCCUGGGCAUCCUGCUGGGCAUGUUCUUUGUGACGUGGCUGCCCUUCUUUCUGGCCAACAUAGCCCAGGCCGUGUGCAACUGCAUCUCCCCAGGCCUCUUCGAUGGCCUCACGUGGCUGGGAUACUGUAACAGCACCAUGAACCCCAUCAUCUACCCACUCUUCAUGCGGGACUUCAAGCGGGCGUUGGGCAGGUUCCUGCCGUGUCCCCGCUGCCCCCGGGAGCGCCAAGCCAGCCUUGCCUCACCCUCCAUGCGAACCUCUCACAGUGGCCCCCGACCGGGCCUGAGCCUGCAGCACGUUCUGCCACUGCCCCUGCCCCCGGGCUCGGACUCAGACUCAGGCUCGGGGGGCUCCUCAGGCCUGCAGCUCAUGGCCCAGCUGCUGCUGCCUGGAGAGGCCACCCGGGACCCCCCGCCACCUGCCAGGGGUGCUGCUGUGGUCAACUUCUUCAACAUGGAUCCCGUGGAGCCCGAGCUGCGGCUGCAUCCUCUUGGUACUCCCACGAACUGAUCCGGGCUUGGAGCUGGUCAGCGGGAGUGGGACUGGAUGGAACUAAGUCCUUGAGGCCUUGGACCAACUCUUGGCUGGGCCAGGAGGCUGCAGGUCCAGUGGGGCGAGCUCCAGUGGGGUGCACUAAAUCAGCCCCCACUGCCUAACUUCAGGUCCCCUACUUAGAGGGACUGGCUCAGAUGUGGCUUUUUCCAGGAUGCUUCAUUGCUGUGUGAGAUUUGUGGGUGUGUGUAGGGGAUGGUUGGAGGACUCCAGGAGUGGGGAAAAGGACCUCUUGGUUGAGAUCAGGAUGAAGACAAUCAUCUCUGCACCAUCUCUCAGAGUGCAUGGGAGGGAUGCCUGUGUCUGCAGAGAUGGACUCGCGCAGGGCUGACUCCCUCAAGCCUCUAAGCGUGGGUCAUGGGCCGAUGGCAUCACCCGGGAGUUUGUUAAAAAAACACCUCUGCCCCACCCCAGACCUGCUGAGUGAGCACCUGCACGUUAGCAAGAGCUCCAGGUGAAUCAUGUGCUCAUUACAGCUUGAGGUGUGUUGGCUUACGUGAUCUUUAACCCUGAGCAUGAUUUGCUGGCGUUCUUGGACUGGCUAGCCCCUCAGGAUGUAUGUAGCUGCACAGAAAAACACCCGAGCCUGGGAGUCAGGAGGCAUACAUUUGAAUCUCUGCUCCACUGCUUCCCAGCCCUUGCACAGGUUACUUAACCUCUCUGAGCCUGUUAUUCCACAUGCAGAAUGGCAUAACGAUGCCUCUCCUGUAAGGUCUGAUGAGAAUUAAGACAAUGUGCGUAGAAUGCCCAGCACCUGGCAGGUGGUCAGUAGGUGGUAGCUGUCAUUAUAACUUCUGGCCAACCAGCCCCCUGGCCUCUGGCUGUGGGCCAGGAAGGGCUCUCUGUUCCCACUGUCCUUUCCACCUUCCUCCUCCUCUUCAGCCCUGGCCCAGAUUCCCACAACCUGACUCUGGUUCCUCAACUCCUUGCUCUGGAUGCUGGCAGGGCCCCCAUCUCAGCUCCCAGGCUGCUGCACUGCCUUUCAUGGGGGCAUGGUUUCUUGUUAACAUCUGGGAUGGGUGGUCCUCUUCCCUGGGCUUCCUUAGACCUAGAAGGGAACAAGCUGAUGGGGACAGAACCAGCCUUUUGCCCCACUUCCCCUGGUCUUCGCUGGGUCAGUGAGGGAAAUGGGCGUGGUGGCUACUUGGGUCACAAGAGUUGAAGAGGAGCUGUGCCCGUGUGGGCUGGUGCCUUCGGGCAGGCAGGUGACCCUGGCACAGGGCCUGGUAUUUUUAGAGGAGAGUCUUGGUGCCUACAGUUUACGUGCUGUAGGCUCCUUUUCAGUCUGAGGUUUAUCUUACUCUCCACCCCCAACCAAGUUCCAUCAACCCCGGGGGCUCCGCUGCUGGCCUGGCGCUCUCCUUGGUGCUGAUCAGCACAACCCUGGCCUGGCCCCUGGCCGCAGACUGGCCAUGGUGCUUGCUGGGCUUUUCCUCUGCCCCCAGGCCUGCCCGAGGGACUCUCCAUAAGCACUAGCUGAAGGCAGUGACUGUGGGGUGGUCUGGAUUCACUUGGGCUGGAGAAGCAGCUGGUGAAGUGGGAAGAGACCGUGGACACAGGUGUUCUGAGUUCCGGUCCAGACUCUGUCCCUGGUUUGCUCUGGGACCUCAGUGAAGUCAUUUCCCCUCUCGGGGCCUCAGUUUUCCCUGGGUGACAUGAGCUGUUUAGACUCAUAGCCGCAGGAGUUCUGUAAAUAUUUGUUGAACCACCAAAUACAUAUACCCCUGAGGACCAGUUCAGCUCCAACACUCCAACUGCCCCUGCCUCCCCCUCCCCACUGCCUCCUCCAGAGCUUGGCAAUACUUCCUCUGCCUGGGCCUUGAUUUCCCCAUCUGCACAAUGGGGGAGAACGAUCUCUGGCCCUGUCAUUCAGGGACAGCAGGAGGAACAAAGGAGACGGUUCCCAUGGUUGCAGAUACAGUGGCUAAGAGCUGGGGCUCUGGAGGCCAAGUGACUGGAGUUUGAGACUGACCGGCUGUGUGACCUUGAGUA